GCCGGCUGUCCGCAGAGAUUCCUGCUGACGGAGCCCGGGCGCUCAGGCUAUGGGUAGCCGGGAGGUGCUGGGCCAGGCGGCUCGGCUGGCCUCCUCCGGUCUUCUCCUGCAGGUGUUGUUUCGAUUGAUCACCUUUGUCUUGAAUGCAUUUGUUCUUCGCUUCCUGUCAAAGGAAAUCGUUGGCAUAGUGAAUGUCAGGCUAACACUGCUUUACUCGACCACCAUCUUCCUGGCCAGAGAGGCUUUCCGCAGAGCAUGUCUGAGUGGGGGCGCCCAGCGGGACUGGAGCCAGACCCUCAACCUCCUGUGGCUAACAGUCCCUUUGGGUGUGUUUUGGUCCUUGUUCCUGGGCUGGGUCUGGCUGCAGUUGCUCCAAGUGCCUGAUCCUGACGUCAUCCCCCACUAUGGAACUGGAGUGGUAUUGUUUGGGUUCUCAGCAGUGGUGGAGCUUCUGGGAGAGCCCUUCUGGGUCUUGGCACAAGCACACAUGUUUGUCAAGCUUAAGGUGAUUGCUGAGAGCCUGUCAGUAAUCCUCAAGAGCAUCCUGACAGCUUUUCUCGUGCUGUGGUUGCCUCACUGGGGACUGUACAUUUUCUCUUUGGCCCAGCUUUUGUAUACUGCAGUUCUAGUGCUCUGCUAUGUUAUUUAUUUCACAAAGUUACUGUGCUCCCCAGAAUCAGCCAAGCGACAAGCUCUUCCUGUCUCCAGAAUCACAGACCUGUUACCCAAUAUUACAAGAAGUAAAGCUUUUGUAAAUUGGGAAGAGGCUAAGUUGACUUGGAGUUUUUUCAAACAGUCUUUCUUGAAGCAGAUUUUGACAGAAGGCGAGCGAUAUGUGAUGACAUUUUUGAACGUGUUAAAUUUUGGGGAUCAGGGUGUGUAUGAUAUAGUGAAUAAUCUUGGCUCCCUUGUGGCCAGAUUAAUUUUCCAGCCAAUAGAGGAGAGUUUUUAUAUAUUCUUUGCUAAGGUGCUGGAGAGGGAAAAGGAUGCCUCACUUCAGAAGCAGGAGGACGUUGCUGUGGCCGCCGCGGUUUUGGAGUCCCUGCUGAAGCUGGCCCUGCUGACCGGCCUGACCGUCACUGUUUUCGGCUUAGCCUAUUCUCAGCUGGCUUUGGACAUCUACGGAGGGGCCAUGCUUAGCUCAGGAUCAGGUCCUGUCCUGCUGCGUGCCUACUGUCUCUACGUCCUCCUGCUCGCCAUCAAUGGAGUGACCGAGUGUUUCACAUUUGCUGCCAUGAGCAAAGAAGAGGUCGACAAGUACAAUUUCACAAUGCUGGCCCUUUCAUCUUCAUUCCUGCUGUUGUCCUAUCUCCUGAUCCGUUGGUGUGGCAGCGUGGGCUUCAUCUUGGCGAACUGCUUCAACAUGGGCAUUCGGAUCACACACAGCCUUUGCUUCAUCCACCGCUACUACCUGAAGAGCCCCUACAGGCCCCUGGCCGGACUAUUCCUGUCUCCGGUCCUCCUCGGGGUGUUUGCUCUCAGCGGUGGCAUUACUGCUGUUUCAGAGGCUUUCCUCUGCUGUGAGCGGGGCUGGCCAGCCAGGCUGGCGCACAUCACUGUAGGGGCCCUCUGUUUGGGAGCGACUCUCGGGACAGCAUUCCUCACAGAGGCCAAGCUGAUCCACUUUCUUAGGACUCAGUUAGGUGUGUCCAGACUUGCUGACAAAACGAUGUGACCUCACCAAAGCCCUGUGGCACCUGGACCAGCUGCGGGGCGGUUUUGUGGGUGGAACACGUUUUCUGUGCAGAAGAGCCCAGCUGGGGGUCUGCAGUGGAGUGAGACCAACCCAGGCAGGUGAGUCGUCAGAGCGAACCACCAGACCAAACACUUACCGUCCGUUUGAGGUUUCAGACAACGAGGAGGAGUUCCAUUUUUAGGGGAAGACCAAAAAGCUUUUAAAAUAGAUACAAUUAUUUUUUUCACCAUGUUGUUGUAAUCAGCAUUUUCCUUUUUGAAUAAUGUGUUAAUUCCUUUUCUGUGUGAUUGACCUUAGCUACUACAUGUCCCAACAAACUAUCUUGGACAUUAAUAGUUAAUAAUCUUCUGGCCCAGAAGGAGAGCCGUAGCCACUUUACGCUCCUCAGGAAUGUUUAACGUAUUCUGUAGAAGCAGGAAGGAGACUUGCUGUCAUGUGAUGUUGCACACCAGACAAGAGCAGCGUUGGCCCCAGAGCUGUGGCUUUCCCCACGUCAGCACUGUGGCCUGGGCGUGCAGAGAAGGAGGAAUGUUACUCAAUGAGAAAUCUAAGAAAUGAAGACACAGUCUCUCAGAUCACAUUUCCCACAGUUAGCCGAGCGGAAUCAUGCCUCUGCCCGUCACGGCUGUCCCCCACCCCCGCCCCGGGCCAGCACACACCUUCCCACAGCAGGGGCAAGCCGGCUCACGACCUCUGGCCUGGCCGCGUGAGAGAGGCGGGCAUUGAAGGACACUGUGAUCCUUCGUGAGCUACCCUGAAGGGAACACCACGUUGCAGUUGGCUGUAACUUCUCAUGAGGAAAUUGCAUAGAUGACAACUACAGUUGAAUAGAGGUGUCGUUUUUCCAUCAGAAUGAAAUAGGGUAAAUUCUAUAUGGCAAGUGUCACUGAAUCACACCCUUCCCUCACUGACCCAUUACUUCCAGCACUGGUCAGAACACCUGAAUUUCAGCCCCAGGACAAGACUGGCAGACCUGCGGGUCUGGUCCUCCAGGCCACAGUGGGAGCCCAGGCUAAGGUUUGCCUCCCUGCCCUGCACCCAGCAAGUGAGAUCACCAGGCAUUGUUCUCAGGCAGCAAAGCAUUUUUCUUCUUAUAAUUAAUGUAUUAAUUAAUUAGAUGUGAUUGACCUUUGGAGCUACAUGCACAAACUGUAUCUUGGGUGGUAAUAGUUUGUAAUCUUCUAGCCCUGAUGUCCCCCAAAUUUCUAUGUUUACACCCAGAGAGCAGGGCAGCUUGUAUCAGAUGGUGGCUUGGCUUAAAUGCACACAUUUAAAUCCACUGACCGAAACCAAGAGCCCAAGGAUAAAGACCCACCAGUGCACUGACACUAGGACCCGGUCACCUGGACACCUUUUUAUCUAUUCAAAGAAAGAAUGCUUUGUAUUAAUUUCAGGGAAAGUAGCUAAAUGCAAGGUGUCACUGAGCAAUCAGAAGCCCUCCAGAAGCAUGGGCUUAGUCAUGUUUUUUAAGGCAGGAUUAGCCUAGCUCAGAAGAACUGAUUGCCGCAUGGGGUAGGAUGGGAGGCACACACAGAAGGCAGUGCCCCCUGCAGGUACUUUUUUGGUCUCCUGAAAUUUUUUGGCCACACAGAAAUGGGCCACCAGCCCUCAUAAGUUCCUUCUCUGCUGCCAUUGAGCACCUGUCUCUCCCCUAGAAUCCUGUCACCCAACCCCCUGCCCACUUGACCCCAUACUCAAAGUGUGGUCCUCGCACUGCCUGCCUCAGAAUCACCUGGAUUGCAAGUUAGAAAUGUAGGCUUCCAGGACCCACUCCAGACCUUUGACAUCUGUGUCUCUGGGGCAGGGCUUUGGGACCAGCUUUUUCGGCAAACCAAGGUUGGCACACCCCAUCAUCCUCACCAGUGUCAGCGCCCAGGGCCGGUCAUGCUCACGUUCACGGUGUGCGUUCCCGGCUCCAGGAAAACAGCUAUCGCUGCCUGAACAGCACUGCUGAUGCCCCAGCUCCCCGGGAGCAGGGGUGCCACAGCUCCCACUCCUCUGUGGAGAGGCUCCGUGUCUGACAGCGAGGGCUUGUGCUCAUUGUGUCACCGUGCAGCCGGUCGGGUGCUGCUAUCGGCACGGGGCUGCCACAGUCAGGGCCAGCUCCUCUGGAGAGAUGGCCAGCUGGGACGGCCACCUGGGGCUCUUUCCUGUGGCCUGCUUCCCCAUUUAUAGAAAGAGGAGUUCCCGUGGCCCAGGGUUCUGGGAAGUGGUUGUUGUCCCAUUACCAACACUUGCCUCCUGGGCUCUAGCACUUGGGCAGCAGGCCUCUUGCAGCCCAUGGCCUCUGCCUCUGCGCCCGCUGCUCCCAGGAGCCCAGAUGGGCUCGACCAGUGGCUCUGGGGCUUCCCCACUCUGUCUCCCUAGAGCCACGCCUGUGCCUCGGGGUGCUUGCACCCAUGGGUGCUGAGCUGCCCCACGUUACCCAAGAAGAGUUUGAGGGGCUGGGGAUAACACUUUAGGCUUUAAGUACCACUCAGAAUAUAGUGAGGCUACUUCUCCAUGGAAACAAGUCUCUGAAGCACAUUCAUUUAUGAAAUGAAGAAGCCUUUGGUGGUAGCAUAACAGCAUUUCUUCUUUCUGUGCUGCUCCGCCGCGUGUUGGUGACUUCAGGUUUGGCCUGUCGGGUCCCUCUGUGAGUGGAUGCUGCUGUGCUACUUAAAUGCUUCCUCAGCAGUGACUCCUGGCUCUGGAGUGCUGUGUACUCUGCCCCACUCCCCGCCACUUACCACCUAAUUCUCCAGGGCGCCUCCUUCCUCCUUUUUUUUUUUUUUUUUAAUUUAUUUAUUGGCUGUGUUGGGUAUUCAUUGCUGCACAUGGGCUUUCUCUAGCUGUGGAGAGUGGUGCUACUCUUCGUUGGGGUGAGCAGACUUCUCAUUGCAGUGGCUUCUGUUGUUGCGGAGCAUGGGCUCUAGGUGCACAGGCUUCAGUAGUUGUGGCUCACGGGCUUAGUUGCUCCACGGCAUGUGGGAUCUUCCCAGAUCAGGGCUCGAACCCAUGUCCCCUGCAUUGGCAGGUGGAUUCUUAACCACUGUGCCACCAGGGAAGCCCCCUCCUGUCUUUUUUUAAAACCAUGUAUGCAUACUGCUAGUUUCACGUCAAUUUCCCCAUUUUAAAAUGAAUAAAUUAUUUUCUUCACAUCUCUGUGACGGUCUUUCAUACUACUUCUCCUCCCAAAAAAGAAACAAAACCUCUUAUAUUUCAAAAGGAAGGUGGGCAAGUACUUGAGUGUGGGAAUCGUUUUUAUCCCGCAUCAGAAUGGCUCUCCCUACAUUGAAGUGACUGAACUGUGAUUCUCACUUGGACUUUUUUUUUUUUUUUUUUAAUCUUUUGGCCAUGCCAGGCAGCACGUGGGAUCUUAGUUCCCCGACCAGGGAUCGAACCCGCACCCCCCCUGCUUUGGAAGCAUGGAGUCUUAACCACUGGACCCCCAGGAAAGUCCCCCGUGAUUCUGACUUUGAAAGAGGGGCUGGCUUCCUGGCCCCUGCAGUGGAGCCUUCUGUGUCCCAGACUGACAGGCCUGGCAGUUUAUUCACUGCUCUUCCCUUUUGCCCAAAGCAGUGUUCCCCACUGUUGACUGUACUUUUCUUUUUCCUAUCUUCUCUGUCCGACCUGUCCUUGUCUUGGUCGUGUUUUUAAAAUAGGCAGCUAUUUUUGAUGGGUCAGAACUAAUAUCAGGGCAGGGAGGCCAAGUGUUUGAUCUUAGGAGUGUGGUUUUUAAGGAGUCCAGGGUACCCCUUCACCUCUAUAUCUUCCUCAUUCAGGUG